AUGUUAACAUGUUAUGACAAUGAUAAAUGUAAUCUCUAUCCUUCAAACUUCAAUUACUCUGGUUUAACUUGUCGUGAGACAACAACUUGUUUUACAAAAGAAAACGCGGUUAGUUUCGUUACAUCUCUUUCUCAUGUACGACGUGAUUUUACUCAAUUUAUUUCGUAUAUGCAUCUCGUUUUUUCUGCAUGUGCACUUCCAUCACCGAUGAUCGGAUGGAAUUUAUCAAAACUCUACUCAUGUCCAGAUUCAUACCGAUCGAUAUCCUUUCACCGUGUUGCAGACCAUUUCUACGAUUGUCCGAAUUCAUUGACUGAUGAAACGUACGAAGGAAAUCUUUGCCGACAGAAUUUAUCAAGUGAUUGUGUUCGAAAAUCUGAUAUGUAUUAUCUUCAUCCACCAGCACUACCAGCAACGGAAGGACGUUGUGAAGACGGAUCAGAUGGAAUGUAUCCAUUUAUAUGUCGACAUCGAACCAAUAUUGGAUGUCAAUAUCUACGUAGUUUGAAGAUUUCCAAUAAAUAUUUUCUCUUCCAGGAAAUCUGUAAUGGCCGAGUUCAUCCCGAACUUAUCGAAGAUGAAGAUAAUUGCGAUGAAUGGAAACGUAAUUGUAAUCCGGUCUAUCAAAAAUGCAAUCAACUUCUUAAUUCAUCAACUUAUGAGUCAUGUAUACCGAUGUUAUGGGCAAAAAAUAGCAAAACCAAAUGUUAUGUGGGUGUCAAUGAAAAUAAUUAUUGUCAACGAAAUUAUCCAAACGAUGACCAUAAAGUCUUUCGUUGUUUUAAUGAUUCGAAAUGUAUUGAAUUACAAGAUUUAUAUGAUGGAGUCUUUCAUUGUCCGUUUCAUGACGAUGAAACCAUUUGUUUACAUAAAAAAAACAAUAUAAAAUGCCCGUAUGGAACUUAUCCCUGUGAUAUAAAACAAAGCUACUGUGGACCAAAACAGAAUCAAUGUGAUAGUCGAGUAACGUGCGAUAUUCACAUUCGAUCCAACAUAGAAUCUUGCAGUUUAAUCGGUACACUAGCACAUUACAGAAUGCUUUCUAUUGAUAAUCAUCGUCAAUAUCCACCAGUGAAAUCUCCGCGACCAAUAAAAGAUGUUGAAAGAAAAAUUCGUGGUUGUCGCGAUGUGAAUCCGUCUACAUUGGAUAAAUAUCGUUGUCAUCGAGGAAUUGUUGUUAAUUCGUCCAUUGAUGGUGAACAAUGUUUAUGUUCACCCGCAUAUUAUGGUCGAACAUGUGAAUAUCAUUCAUCGUUUUAUUAUAAGAUUGCUUUUCCAUUUCUACCUGUUAAUCGACUUGCUACGAGAAUAAUUCUUACCGAUCGAAUCAUUUCCAAAGUUCAAUGUGAAAAAAAUUGUACUGGAAAAUGGACAAUGCCGUUCGGGUUGGUCGGGAGAAUUUUGCCAAAUCAAGCAACAAAUACAUCUUGUUCACCAUGA